AUGACUUCCUUGAAUAAUAAUGUAAGUGAUAAAGAAGCUCAACACUCGUGCUUUCAAGAAUGGAUGGAGCUCCAACAACAAGACCUCUUGGAGCUCCUCCACAAUUCCGACUCGUCGUCGUCGUCGUCCAGCACAUCCAACACGAGCGCCAGCAGCGACUUCAAUCUAAAACAACUCAUUGAGAAAUCCAUCAAACACUUCCAAGAAUACAUGGACACCCGCAGACAUUUAGCAGGUAGUGAUGUCACUGCCUACCUUGCACCUACUUGGUGCACCACGUUAGAAAGCUCUAUGCUUUGGAUCUCUGGAUGCAGGCCUUCCAGUUACAUCCGUCUCCUUUAUGCGAUGAGUGGCAAAGAAUUUGAAUCCCAUCUCUCCAACUAUCUCCAAGGCAAUAGAUCCGGACACCUCAGCGGGCUCUUGACCGUGCAGCUGAAUUCAGUGGAUGAGUUACAGAGGAAGACAAUAAGGCAAGAAGACCAGUUGUCAAAUAAGCUCGCCAGCUUGCAGGAGGAGAUAGCUGAUCAGCCAUUCACCAUUAUCGCCAAUGAAGUGGGAAAUCUUGGUGAAAUAUGUUAUGAAGCAGAGGAGGCCCUUGAUAGACAUGCUAAGUUUUUGAUGAAUGUUGUAGAAGAAGCUGAUAAGCUGAGGAUGGAGACUUUGAAGGAGCUGGUGAUCAACAUACUGAGUCCACUUCAAGCUGUGGAUUUUCUCAUAGCUAGCAAGAAGCUCCAUCUUUGUGUCAAUGCUUGGGGUAAAACAAGAGAUCAUCAACAUGGGAGGAACAGAGAAACAACACAAGAGAGGAACACAUGUCCAACUUUAUCUUGUCUUGAAAAUUAA